CCCACAAUGCCCCGCGCGCAACCAAGAUGGAAGAACCCAGCAGCUGCGGGAGAACAAUGUUUUGCCUCUAGAUUUUUUGGGGAAAAACGGAGCGCCGAGACCAAAAGACGCUGGCCCCGAGGAGCAGCUUGAGGUGGCCAGGAGCCGCAUGACACUGACUGGCACACCGUAGUUUUCCCCUCCUGCCCGCCAGCAUGAGCAUCAUUCAAGACAAGUUAGGCAACGACUUCCUACGGCCAAAUGGAGGCAUGGACGCCAACUUUGGCGCCGGCAUGAUCAUGUUCAGCCACCUUCCGCCCGUCACCAGCUUCACCCGGCUGCAUUCCGUCGGGCCCCAGGAGAUGAUCUUGAAGAAGGAGCGGGACUCGCCCGACUGCAGCGGUGUUGGCGGUGUGCCGGGAGCGGGUGACUACGUCCACGCCCUGGGUAUCAAGCAGGAGAAGAUGUCUGAGCACGAUUACCGCCUGCCGCUGUACCCUGGGGGACUGGCCAAGAGCAACGAACUACUGGAGGUCACUGUCAGUAACAACCAGAGCCUGCUGGUGCAUGAAGUCAACAUGGCCAAUCAGCUGCCGAGUCAGUUAGGAAAGGAGCCCGCUGGGAGGAAAGGUCGCAGGUCAAAUGGUGACGGACAAGAGGGCCGACCAAGGAAGAAGCGGAGUGAAGCAAAGUCCAUGAUGAUGGAUGGCGAUGCGGGCAGCAUGUCACCGGACAAUAAACCUCACAUCUGCGAGCACUGCAGCGCUGCUUUCAGAAGCUCUUAUCACCUGCGCAGACACGUCCUCAUUCAUACUGGUGAGCGGCCGUUCAGAUGCAGUCAGUGUAACAUGAGCUUCAUUCAGAAGUAUCUCUUACAGCGACAUGAGAAAAUCCAUAGUGGAGAGAAGCCUUUCAGUUGCGACCAGUGCAACAUGCGCUUCAUUCAGAAGUACCAUAUGGAGCGACACAAGCGCACGCACAGUGGAGAGAAGCCCUACAGAUGUGAAAACUGCCAACAAUUUUUUUCCAGGACGGACCGACUGCUUAAGCACAAGCGGACGUGUGGAGACGCCUUGAGGAAAGUUCUUGAUCCCAGCUUGCUUGACAUGGCUUGCACGGACAUGGGCAGCUACGGAAUCACUCAGGGAAAUGUGGCGUCGGGAAGUGGGAGGAAAAAAGGCAGGUCAAAAAAUCCUGGAGAAGGAGUGGCCCGAAAAAAAAAGAAGGGGGAUGGCGGUUUGAGAGUACCUCACAUUUCUGCCUCUGUUAGUGGAGCCUACAGUGUCCACGAAUACUCUCUGGAGAAUCAAACUGUGUCCUCGUCCACAGAACCAGGUCCCAGUAUGCAACACCAUGGGCGCGCCCCCAAGGUGGCGCUGAAAAAAGCUCAUAGGAAAGGUCUGGAAAAAGGUUCUAAAGAGGAAUCGAUGCAGCACAAUGUUGAUCCAGGCCUCCUGCAAACAAACGGCGAAAGGUUGGCCAACAACUACGACGAUGCUAUGCAGUUCCUGAAAAAGCGGCGCUACCUCCAUAACGUCACAUCCUCAACAGGGAGUGGGGGCGCCGAGUACGACUUGUUGUCCCCGCACCCGUCAGUCAUCCAAAUGACUGAUGCUGACUCGAGUCUGGACAAGUCUGGCAUCCCCGAUGAGGUGCUGCAGAGCCUGUUGGAGCACUACUCCCACAAGCCCGACGCCUCACAGCACCACGAAAUCCAUUUUGAUCUGGGCGACCAGCACGUGGAAGAGCUACAGCCCGCCUCGGCCCAAGAUCUCGACGCUGGCGCCAGUCCGCCCGAAGACAAAGGCCUCAUGAUGAACGAGUACUCGCGCUUCCUUCUGCAAGCUCUGGAGCGCACCAGCCAUAGCGCAGGCUUCCCCCUCGGCGCCCCGUCUUCCGGACCCUUCCUCUAUUCAGAGUGCGGCUUCGGGCCAUCGGGGGCGGCCGACUCAUCGCCUCAGCAUGCCUUCCACCUCCUGGACUCUGCUCAGCACCACCAGCUGACUCCUUCGCAGGAGCUCAACGCCUCCGCCACACCGCCGUCAUCUUACCAGAUGAGCCCGGCGGACCCCGGCUGCCACAAAGAGGCGCCGCCCGCCAAGAACGGCACCACCGCCAUAUUCCCGCUGGCCCCCUCCAAAGUAGCACCCUACCAGAUAGAAAACUUUGCACAGGCUUUCGGCUCACAGUUCAAGUCCGAAGAGCGGAUAAGGACGCCCGUGUCCGAUUACUCAGGGUACAGCAGCUUGCUGGCCGACAUCGGCGAGCCGGCGAGCUCCGUCUCCAAAACGGCAACCAGCCAAAGCUACAGAUGAGACCACGCCUCAAAGUAGAAACCUAUUUUAUUUUUUAAUUAUUAUUUUUUUAAUUAUUCUAAUACCGUGUUCGUGCCCUCUCCCCUCUUUCCCACCAAUUUCCUAUAAAUGUUUUUUAUUUUUAUUUAUGGAAUACAACCGUGACAGUGCUUUUUAAGUAAGUGUAGUAUUAUUUUUAUGAUUAUAUUAAUAUGAAUAGUAUCCACCAGCCGGCUGACUUAGUUUGAAAUAAUAACGGUGGCAGGGGAAUAACAGCCCAGGAUUGAAAAUGCAAAAAAAAAAAAAAAAAAAAAAGAAACAAAAGACAAAGUAUUACUCAGGAAACCGAAAGUUGCUGACAUGCUGAAUGAGUGUGAACACUGAAAACACUUUCUCCUUGGCAAUAUAGAGAUUAUGCUGUCUUUUCUUGGCCAUACUUAUAUAUGAGCUGUCGAUAUAUAUUUAUAAAAAUAUAUAUAUAUUAUGAUACAGAUUUAAUCACGGUGGCCAUCAAGGAAGAACGAGGGUAUUUUUUGAGGGUGUAAUAAAUGUUCUUGGUAUUGUUUUUUUAAGAACUAAAGUGAUGUUGGGGUUUUUCUUUGACCAGUAGAGGUUGCUAUUGGACAGCAAUGGAAAAAGCCUUGUACUCUUUUAAUACAUGCCCGCCUCUUCCUCUUCAUUUCCCCUCUACCAAGCAGUAUUAGGGCCACACGUAUCACAACAAAAUGAUAGAGACAAUACUAUCAUCAGAAUUCAUUUAUUUAAAAAAAAAAAAAAGAUCAGGUAUUUGGGUCUACUUUUCCUCAUAAUUGUGUUUAUUCUUGUAAAAUCUCUCCUUUUGCUCCAAAUUCUUCAGUUAUUCUCACCACACCGUCGUUUAAAUAAAACUACAUUUUCACACAUAUUUUUUACUCAUCUUAACCUUGUACAUUUGUGACCUUUUUCUAAUUUGCAAAUUUGUGCAUUCUUAGGAAAAAUCACAUCAAUCUCAACUAUUAAUGUCAAUUUGCAACUUUCCAUUGCAACUGCUAUCAAUAUUGGUUGAAAUUGAGAAGUUUCUCAAAUUGUCCCCACUUUUCUUCAAACUUACAACUUGUUAAUCACAUUCUUUUUAUAUUAUUUUUUUUAAACAGUUCUAAUUACUUUGUCAACUUUGAGACAUUUUCUUGAAGUAGUAAUACUACUUUUGGUAGUGUGGCCCUCAUACCCUGGUUGUCUUACAAGAAAUCCAAAAAGCACUUUGAGCCGUUUAGCAUUAAGUCAAACCUUUUCGUUAUGGACAUUUUGAUCAAUGAUUUGGUUCGAUAUUUGGGAGGGUUUGGACGUGUUUAUUUUUUCCUCUCAUUGUGUGGAAGGGUUUAGGUCGGGGUGGUUUGGGGUGAAACUUAAUUGGGAUAAUGUAAAUGUCUUUGCGACUCUAAUGUGUUUUAGUUAGUCCGUUUACUCUGCUGAUGAUUUGGUGUUUGUAAUCCAGUCACGCUACCAGGCAGCCCUGCUCUCAAAUGAAAAUUAAAAAAAAAAAAAAAAAAAAAAAAUUUGUAUACAUUUUAGAUUUGUCCUGGUAGAUAAAUUGGCUUGCUUAGUAAAUAUUAGGCAUCCAUUCUUCGUAUUUAUACUUAAAAAAAUUUUUUGGGGGUUAAUUGUAAAGUCUUCCAUUGAUGACUUCAGCUGAGAAUUUGCCUCAUAUACCUCAUAUCUUUAUUAAAUAUCUCUAGAGAUGGGAUUGUACAUCUCUUAUUGUUUACAAGCCUUCAUUUUAACACUACUUUUGAAAAUAAGUGGCCCUUUUUGAGUGUUUAUUUUACAACCAUCAAAUGUCAUAACUGAUUAUGUCACCCAUGUUUUUGUUAUUUUUAAUUUAAGGUUCUUGUGACUCCCUUCACUAAAACUUGGCCUGUCCAAUGAAUUUAAAAAUGAACAGGGAGACAACAAUAAAAUCUGUCAUGAACAAAAUUCGUCAUUUGUUUUCCUUAAGAAGCUUUAAUUAUACUUGGCUUUGGUCCCCACCAUCCCAAAAUGACAGCUGUGACUCAGCCUUUCAUAUGAAGUGGUUUGAUUUUUACCACUGGCAAACUCAACAGAUGUGUUUACUCGUCACACUGCAAUGCAAUGGUACAAAAAACAUUUGAUAGAAUGAAAACCAUUUAGGAGCGUUUCAUCAACAUCUUUACAUGAAAUAUCCAAAAAUUGAAGCUCAAAAAGGAGCUCUUUUAAUAUGACCACUAUGGAACUGAGUUACACAUUAUGUACUUAAAACGGUACAUGACACAAGGAGCUUGUGAAUUUGCAGGCUGCGACCUUUUGUUCCUUUUCUUGCUCAGAAAUCUUGUCACAGUGAAGGCAAACAUCUUAAGGUUCGACCUAAAGUUCAAGUAUUUAAAAAAAAAAAAAAAAAAACAUUUCGCUGACUUUUGCCUUACCUACAGGCAACAAACAAUUUUUGUUGCCUUGGUGACUGGCAUUGAAAAAACGUGAAUUUUUGCUGUCCAGUUUUGUAACUUUUUUUUUUGUAAUCAUCCCAAACAAAAAAGAUGAAGCAUAAACAUCCAAACCAGAACUUAGUGAGCACUCAUUGGGAUUCCAAACAAAGUGCUAUUAACUGACUUCUUUAAAUUCGGAAGGGGAAGUGGUCAGUCUGUAUGUACUACCUGUACUGACAUGUUUUCAGGCAUGUUUCAGAAGGGAGAACUAACUGACAUUAGAUGACAGGUGAUUAUUGCUGUAUUUUCGCUUAACUUCAAAUUGUUUUAAGUGAGUCAACAAUGAUCAGCACAAUAUGUAAUGGUGACAUUUAAUAAAUUUUUCAUGGUGAAAUCUUUGCAAACAACAGUUAAAAAGACAUUUAUGACAUCUCUGUAUAAACACCUCUUAAACAGCUUUUAUGUUAUUGCUAUCACUUUCCUAUACAGUAUUACAAAAUAUCUGGUGAUAUGUACAUUGCCUGUUUAUGCUCGUGUAUAGCAUGAAGUAAUUUGUGACUUCUAUGUUUGUUCUGAAGAACAAUGUGACUUAUGAUCACCACCCUCGUUAUUAUCAUGGCGUGUAAAUUAAAAAGUCAAAUUUAGUGUUGCAUUACCAGGAAAUCAUUAAAAUUGAUGAAGUAAGAAUUCCCAAAAAUGUGUUGGAGAAAAAAAAAAAAAUUUUUUUUUAAAUAGCACUUUGAUGUCAUGUUUCCCAACUGGACAGACCUAAGAUUAAUUAGAUAGUUUCAUUAACUAUGGCCACAAACAGGUAAAACCACAAACAAAAUGUAUUUUUGGAAUAUGUUGUAGUUGUUAGCUUUUGCAUAGCUACCACCAAAUAGAAAAGGGCAAAUGAGGGAUGUAGAAUACGAAAGGUGUUUUGUCAUGGAUUAUUCUGAGUACGACUCUAAAUAUUUUAUUUUCACUCACAGAGUCAGUGCAAGGUCUGACAAUCUGAUCAUGACACACACUGAACAAAGAUCACAGUUGCCGUGAAUCCCUGUACUUCAACAAUCACAAAAUUCAAGAGAGUGAAGCUCUGACCAUCUGAUCAAUUAAACAACAUUGAUUAAAGCUCCAAACACAGAGACCCAAGGGCGUAGUUUUGGUCUCAAUAUUAGUAGGGACAAUAUAACAGCAUAACCUGCAUGUACGCUUUUUGCUGGGGACGGGACAUUAAUAAGACAAUUGGGUGAACGGGGGUCAGGGCUACAUUUUUCAUGACUAAUAGGCUAAAUGAUCAAUGCAAAAUAAAUCUGUGCUGACUUAUACUAACUUUCAUAUUUAUUGGUUGUAUUGUAUUGAUUCAAACCUUUGUUUUCAAAAACUAAAGAAAAAAAAAAUUGCAAAUUUCCAGAAUAAAUGUCUGGGAUUUUAUCAGCAAAUUUAAAUUGCAGGAUUUGAACAUAAAUUAUAUUAACAUACACAAUAAAUACAUACUUGUUAAUCAUCUCUUAACUAGCCAGGAAUAAACAGUUGUCCUAAGACCUCAUAAAUAAAAUAAAAAUGAAAAUUAGGGAGAAGUGGGUAAACCUCUGUUCACUACAUUUCUCACAAUUUAACGUUAACAGUAGAAAACACAUACUGGAGGACAUUUCUCUAAGCAGCUUUCUGCUCGAGUUUGCAGGUUAUCAAAUUCACACAGUUUAAUGUUAUACUAACGCUGAUGCAGGUGGGACUUUCAGUAGCAAAAUUAGUGGUGUGUUCCCCACUUCCACAACAUUGAAGUCUUUUUACAUUACUUACAGUGGCUGCUGCUGGCCAGAAAAUACUUCUAAUAUCACUCCCCUUCGAAGGGGGUGGAGGAGGGAGCAUGUUGUUGAGAUGUUGUACUUCUGUCGGGGCUGUGAGUACGUGUGUUUGUCAGGGUGAGAGGGUAUUCAUGUCAUCUGACAAGCAUGCAUUUGAGGGGAAAAAUGGACAGGCACAUUCAGCAAGUGAAAAGGGGUAAAUGUAAGUUUGAACAUAAUGAAAAUAAUUCACUUAAUAAUGGUAGGUUCAUUUCUAUCCUUACAACAUAUGGGAACACUAUCUAAAUUUCUAAUAUAAAUGAAGUCAUUAUUUAAUGCCAAUAAGGUUGCUUAAAAGUUGGUGGGGUCAAUUCGAGCGUCCUGAAAAGUUGGUAGUGUUAUGUCCCUACCGUCCCUAUGUAAACCUACGCCCUUGCAGAGACCACUGAUGUUGUGAA